UGUUUAUAAAAAAUUAUUUAAAUUUUACUUGUCGCCGCCAACUUAUGACAGCCGGUGACCAAGUCUGUGUAUAGUUUAAGUGCGUGUGAACUUAGCUGUCAAUUGUCAAUUUUUGAAAUUUUUGAAUUUGUAAAUAAAAUAAAAAUUCAAAAACUCGUAUUUUGAUAAUUGAAAAAUUAGCGCGCGCAUUUUUUUAAAUUUAAUUAUUUAUUUAUUUAAAAUUUAUAAAUUGUCUCUACUACAUUCACACUCAUGAUUUUAUGGUAUAGUUUAGACAUCGUUUUCUCGGUAUUUUUCUACAGUCUCAUAUAUUGAUAUAUUACUGAUAUAUUAGCUCGUAACCUCAAAGAUCCACAGAAGAUAUUUUAUGUUCCCACGUGUUGUCAAUCAGUUGCUAAAUGAAGUGGAGUAAAUAUUUGAAAUAAAAGUUAAAUAAAAAAUAAAUAAUGGGGAAGAAAACAAAAGUUGGAAAACAGCGGAAGGAUAAAUAUUAUCAUUUAGCCAAAGAAACAGGUUUUAGAUCUCGUGCGGCUUUUAAGUUGAUUCAAUUGAAUAGAAAAUUUGAAUUUUUACAAAAAUCUCGAGUAUGCAUCGAUCUUUGUGCUGCACCUGGAGGAUGGAUGCAAGUCGCCAGGCAAAAUAUGCCGGUUUCCUCAAUUGUUAUUGGUAUUGAUUUGUUUCCAAUAAGACCAAUUCCUGGGUGUAUUAAUUUAACAGAAGACAUUACGACUGACAAAUGCAGAGUUGCUAUUUCGAAAGAAUUGAAAACGUGGAAAGCUGAUAUUGUUUUGAAUGACGGAGCUCCGAAUGUUGGUAAAAAUUGGCUUCAUGAUGCGUAUCAACAAGUAACUCUUACUUUGUCUGCUGUUAAAUUAGCAACUCAAUUUUUAAGACCUGGUGGAUGGUUUGUAACUAAAAUAUUCAGGUCAAAAGAUUACAAUGCGCUUCUUUGGAUUUUGACACAGCUGUUUAAAAAGGUUCACGCAACAAAACCUCAAGCUUCUAGAAAUGAAUCAGCUGAAAUAUUCGUUGUGUGUCAACAUUACAUCGCGCCUGAUAAAUUAGACCCGAAAUUUUUCGACCCACACUACGUUUUCUCUGACUUGGAUAUAUCUUCAAAUAAAUUGUGUAUUCUUCACCCUGAGAGACGUAAAAAAGCUAAACCUGAAGGUUAUCCAGAAAACGAUUACACUCUACAUCACCAAUUACCUGCUUCUCAGUACAUCGCUCACGAGACCGGUAUUGAAGUACUAGAAAAUAUCGCGGAAAUAGUAAUAGACGACCCGAAAAUAGCUGAGCAUCCGAAGACAACCAGAGAAAUUCUGGAAUGUUGUAAAGACAUCAAAGUAUUAAAUCGUAGAGACAUUAAAUUAUUGUUGUCUUGGUGGAAAGAAUUGCGCAAAGAAUUUCACGGUGAAAGUAAAGAAGCUGAUGAUAAAAAAACUGAUGACGAUAAAAAUACUGAAGCUGAAGAAAGUAAAAAAGAUGGUGCCGAUGAUGAUGGAAGUGAUGAAGACAAGGAACAGAUGAAAAUAGACGCAGAAGUUGCAGAAAUAAAAGCCGAAGAAUUGCGGGAAUUGAAGAAGAAAAAGAAGAAAGCCCAGAAAGAGCGACAGAAAUUAAAUGAGAGGCUGAAUUUAAAAAUGAUCCACAAAGGCGACGAAGGACCUAAACUAGAAUGCGAAGACAUGUUCACUCUUACGCAAAUUACUUCGCAUCAGUUGUUAGAUCAAAUCACUGAUCAGCUGCCAGACAUCACUGCUACCAGUGACGUCGAAUCAGACGAUGAAAAAAAAUUACCUAAGAAACUAAGGUAUGAUAAAGAUGAGGGAAACUUGGAUAGCAAAAGUUUGUAUUAUACAAACAAUGAAAACAUGUCUGAGUCAGACAAUGAUGAGGAUGAUUCUGAUGGCAAUGAGUCUGGUUUGGAUUUAAGUGACAGCGAAGAUGAAAAAUCUGUAGGCAGUGAAGACGAUAAGUCUGUGGAAAAUAAAGAAGACAUAGAAGAUGUCGAGCCGAACAAUCCGUUGAUUACAGACUUGGAUUACAGGGACAAAAGUUCGAAGAAAAUAAACAAAGCUAAGAUAUGGUUCGAAAAAGAUGUAUUUAAAAAUUUAGAAAAUGACAGCGAUGAAGAAUAUGAGUUGAAUAAUAUGAUGGAAGUGUAUUCUAAAAAAAAAAAUCCAGGUGAAGAUAAAAUAAAAAAUAAAGAUAAAGGUAAGAAAAUAAAUAAAACAGAUGAUUCAGAGUCUGACUCAGAUUAUGACGUCGAAGAAAAAUUUAGAGAAUCGAAUAAAAAUAAUAAGAAUAAGGAUAAAAAUAAAAUUGAAGUGGAAGCAAAAGAAAAAGGUGUGAAGGAGAGUAAGAAGCGGAAGUUGAAUGCUGGAGAUUUGGCAUUGGGUACUUUGAUUGCUACGAGUAAAAAAGCUCGCAGAGAUAUAACGGAUGCAGCGUGGAAUAGGUACGCGUUCAAUGAUGAUCACUUGCCUGAUUGGUUCGCCAAAGAUGAAGAAAGACACAUGAGGAAAGAAGCGCCUGUUCCUAAGGAACUUGUCGACGACUACAAGAAGCAGCUGGUUGAUAUCAAUGCGCGUCCAAUAAAAAAAGUUAUGGAGGCGAAAGCCAGAAAGAAGAAGCGCGCGUUGCGUAAAUUAGAAAAAGCGAAGAAGAAGACUGAGGCUUUGAUUGACAGCAACGAUCUCACUGAUCGCGAGAAAGCUGAUCAAAUUAAAUCAUUGUAUAAGAAAGCAUUGAAGCCCCCGAAGAAAGAAGUGACGUAUGUGGUAGCGAAGAAACAUAUGGCUCAGAAAAGAGCCGCGAGACCGGCUGGUCUUAAAGGACAUUACAAACUCGUCGAUUCGAGGAUGAAGAAAGACUUGCGGGCACAAAAAGCUAAAGAAAAAACAAAAGGUCGUGGUAAAAAGAACCGUAAAGGUGUACCACACGGUAAACCUAAAGCGAAAUCUACGAAAGGUAAAAAAUCUAAAUAAAAUACAUAUGAGGACAAAUAAAUCUUGUGUUUUUAAUUUUAUAUAAUAUUUUGUAAGCUCUCAAUGUAUAUAGUAAUAACAUUAAAGAGUUUUAUUUGUAAUUUUAA